AGGGUGUGCGUUUGGUGUUGCUGUAGCCCCCCGCCCCUCUGCAGAUGUAACGGAGCGGAAGCUGCUGCCGUCAUGCGCGCGCACUCUUGAUUAGCAGGUGGAAAAAGCGCUCGCGCGAACGCGUUUCCUAAAGUGAACUACUUGUUGGUGUUAAGUGUUUAUGAAAAUCAAGUUUAAAUGGAGCAGCGAGUCAGAGGCAGAGGUCUGUGUGCUCGAGCAUGCCGUGGAGGAGGCGAUGCUCCGGAAACCGAGGGAAAACCAGAGGAAUAGCUCACAGAGUGGAGAAAGAGAGAGAGAGAGAGAGAGAGAGAGAGAGAGAGAGAGAGAGAGAGAAAGCGCAGCCUCCUUCUCCUGCCUGGAGACGGACUGAAGCUUUUCCGCUGACGCCUUCAACCUGACCGAGUGAGUCGCCUUGUCUCGCGCUUUCACAUUUCUCUACCUUGGCUUUGCAGCACUGGACAGCGAUCGCUCCGAAGGCAAGUUCACUGCGCUCCACAAAGAGGGGAUUAUCACCGAGCCAGACGUUCUCAUUAGCGGAUAACCAACAUGGCCCUCGAGCGGUUUCCUCGUUCUUCACGUUCAGAUUUGGGGUUUAGUCUGUUACACAUUAGUUAUUUUUUGCAGCUGGAAGAAUGAAGGAGAAGAGAAGCAGAUUUAGGCGGUAGUUCUCUCAGACACUUCCAACUGUUAAUCUUUUGGGUAAGGAGGGAUCGCUAAGGGGAUAGGAAAUGAUUAAGACCGGGUCACGCUCUGCCUCCACUGUGCCACCUGAGCCGGUGGAGAUCAUCCGGAGCAAAGCGAGCUCACGGCGUGUGCGCCUAAAUGUUGGCGGCCUCCUGCAUGAGGUGCUGUGGAGGACACUUGAUCGACUGCCACGUACACGCCUUGGCAAGCUGCGUGACUGUAACACACACGAGGCCAUCAUGGAAGUGUGUGAUGACUAUAGCCUGGAGGAGAAUGAAUACUUCUUUGACAGGCACCCAGGUGCAUUUACAUCGAUUCUGAACUUUUACCGCACGGGUAAGUUGCAUAUGAUGGAGGAGAUGUGUGCACUGUCAUACAGCCAGGAGCUUGACUUCUGGGGUAUUGAUGAGAUCUACUUGGAGUCAUGCUGCCAAGCACGCUAUCACCAGAAGAAGGAGCAGAUGAACGAAGAGCUGAAACGUGAAGCUGAGUCCAUGAGGGAACGUGAGGGCGAGGAGUUUGAUAACACAUGCUGCACAGAGAAGCGCAAGAAACUUUGGGAUCUCUUAGAGAAACCCAGCUCUUCUCUUGCGGCAAAGGUUCUGGCGAUCAUCUCAAUUCUGUUUAUUGUUCUCUCAACCAUCGCUUUGUCGCUCAACACCCUCCCAGAGCUUCAGGACAUGGAUGAGUUUGGGCAAAUAACUGACAAUCCUCAAUUAGCCCAUGUAGAAGCAGUCUGUAUUGCUUGGUUUACCAUGGAAUAUCUUCUUCGCUUUCUCUCAUCACCCAAUAAAUGGAAGUUUUUUAAAGGCCCAUUGAACAUCAUUGAUUUGUUAGCCAUUCUUCCUUACUAUGUUACAAUCUUCCUAACUGAGUCCAACAAGAGUGUGCUGCAGUUCCAGAAUGUCCGUCGAGUGGUGCAGAUCUUUCGGAUUAUGCGAAUAUUGAGAAUCCUAAAAUUGGCUCGACACUCAACUGGCCUACAGUCACUAGGCUUCACAUUACGUCGCAGUUACAAUGAACUGGGACUGCUAAUCCUCUUCCUAGCCAUGGGCAUUAUGAUUUUCUCUAGUUUGGUCUUCUUUGCAGAAAAAGAUGAAGAAGACACAAAAUUCAAAAGCAUCCCAGCUUCCUUCUGGUGGGCCACCAUCACCAUGACAACUGUGGGCUACGGAGAUAUUUACCCCAAGACUUUAUUGGGGAAGAUUGUUGGUGGACUUUGUUGCAUCGCAGGAGUGCUAGUCAUUGCCCUACCCAUUCCUAUUAUUGUAAACAACUUUUCUGAGUUCUACAAGGAACAGAAAAGACAAGAGAAAGCCAUCAAACGGCGUGAGGCUUUGGAAAGAGCCAAGAGAAAUGGCAGUAUAGUGUCUAUGAAUAUAAAGGAUGCUUUUGUUCGAAAUGCAGAGCUAAUGGAUGUAGUGGUGAUGGAGAAAACAGAAGAAAACAUGGCAAAGACAGACAAAGUGCAGGACAAUUGUCACAUGUCACCAACCCGCUGGAAAUGGACACCUAAGCGCACCAUCUCAGAAACCAGUUCAAACAAGUCAUUCACUGGUAAGGAGCAAGAAUCACCAGUUAGAGACACCAGCCCAAGCAGUCCACAACAUCUUAAUGUCCAGAAACUUGAGGAGAUGUACAGCAAAAUGGCCAAGACCCAGUCCCAGCCCAAUCUGAAUAGUAGGGAACAAGGUAAUUUGUUAAAAUUGGCAAAGAGAAGAGAUGAAUUAGAAAUGAGAAGCAUUGCUGUUAAUCGGGCUCCCACCACAACAGAAGGUGUGAUGGAUAUGAGAAGCAUGUCAAGUAUUGACAGCUUCAUCAGCUGUGCUACAGACUUUCUGGAAAGCUCGCGAUUUUCACACAGUCCCAUCUCAAACCAACCUAGCCGCGUCAGUGUCAAUCCAGGACUUGAGACAACCCUUGAGCAUGAAACAAUGAAGAAGCCUGUUGGUCCACCCAAGCCUGGACGAACAUUAUUCUUUGACAGCCCUCGUGGUCUUCGCAUUAACAACCCUCUGAAAACAAAGUCUCUCAAGGUCAACUUCUUCUCAGGAGAAACCACAGGCCCUAGUGCAGGUUCAGUACAGGGUGGUGGCACUGCUGCUCUCUCAGACAGUUCAGAUCGGUCCAUUAUUAGUCCAGAAUUGUCUAUCUACACCACUGCCAGUAGCAAGACUCCACCCAAGUCACCUGAGACACUUGUACCAACUGUUUUCACAUUUCAUGAUGCAUCGAUCAGCAAGUACAUUGAUGCAGAUACAGAUGAUGAUGACCACCUUCAUGAUGGACCGGGUUCUAGUCCUUCUGAACGCCUGUUGGGUAAUACUAGUCCCAAGCUCAGCAACAGUUCUUACCAAAGAGGUGCGAAUCAUCUUGACUUGUCACAGAGAAUGCUGGGCCAAAACAGUCUGUUCUCUUUGGAGGGUCGAUCAAAGGGACAAGAGAAUCAUAUGAUUUCAGGAGACAGAGGACAUUCUAAAACAAUAAGUGAAAAUAACUAAAACAGGGAAUGUAGCCUAAAACAACUGGAAUUACACAAAGCUAAUGACUAUACAUUGAUUUACAUCAUACUAAAUCUACAAAACCCAUAACAGUUGCCAUGCUUCACAUGGACAAAAUAAAUACUGAGUUGAUGUGAUAGAAUAAACCUUUAGAUCACUUUGUUGCUUGAGCCAGCAAGUUCCCUAAAUUACAGAAACAUCCAGCCAAAAUGCAGUUCAAGGAUUGUUGUCAUGGCUGAUGGCUGAAAUUUCCAACCCCAAAAGCAUCCAAAAACAAAAGUAGAAUUAGGCAUUUACUAAAGCCAUUUAGUGCAAAGAGCCAUUUUUCUUCCUCAAAACUGGCCAAUGUACCAAGAUUAAGAGUUGUAUGUGUUGUACUACCAGGACAUUCAGAUAUGUCUAUUUAACAAAAAAAAAAAAAAGGUUUGCAUGAUAAACGAUUAUCAACAUGACAACAUGUAAAAAAACAUGCAGUCUUAUGUGAGCGGAUUUAAAUUUUUCCCAUUUGAGGAGGUAUGCAGGCCGAGUGAUUGCAGAGAAUACAGGCACUGUGAUUUGCUAUCUUUGGUCAAAUCUUGUAUAACUUUUGAAAGGAAGAAAUGUGUUGUCUGUUUUACUUAUUUGAUUAUGCAUACAGUUCCAUAUUUUUCUGUUUUCCUUUUUUAAUGAAUGUAUGAUUAUGAUUGUGGAAUUUCUCCUCAAAUGCUUAUAAAACACAAAAGCAUCAUUUACAACAUUUGUUAAAGCCAUGCUCUUCAGUUGAUUGACUGAUUCUUUAUCAACAUGGAGCACAAAUGGAUGUUUCCGGAACUGAUGGGACGGCACUGAAAACACAUUUUACAGCAUUUAGGAAUGACAAUGGAACGUCUAAUGUUGCUGAUUGUAUAAAAGAACAAUAAUGGGAGUCACAUACUCUUCUAAAUGAUAGUUAGAAACUUCAGCAGUUGUGAAUUACAAUAUAUACAAUAGACUUUGGUGUGGGGCGGGGUGAAAGAAUUGUAAAUGUAUAUUUUUAAAAUACUUUCUAGAAAACGGAAGUAGAGAAUGGAAGAAUUAUGCGAAUCUCUUAGUUUUGCAUAGUAUAAAAUAUUUAUUUUAAAGGGAUUGUAUUUACUAAAUAAUUUAGUGAAAAAACUUCUUUGUAUUGUUUGCUACUGUCUCCUAUAUGUCUAUGUAUAUGUUGUGAAAGACUUCUGUCCUUUUGUUCACUUAUGAGAAAUUGUAUGAUAAUUUAAGCCAAAGACAUGUACACACAUACGCGCACACACAUACACACACACACACAAACGCACACUAUUCCCACACUCACUAGCAAUGUCUUUUUGGACAGGUCUAAAAUUCUGGAGCACCCUAAAGCCUAUUUGUUUCAUAUACUUUAUUUAAGGAGAUUUUUUUAUACUGUUUUACCUUACGUAAUAAACAAUUAAACUGCCACAAAUAAGGAA